CAUAAACAGCAAGUAAGUACUCAUGUUUAACGCAUCUCAUGCGCACGAAACAUAUAUAUAUAUAAUAGUGCUGUGAUGUUUUAAUACGUCAAGACUUCUACGAUUUAAGUUCUUUCAGUGGAAGACUGUAUGUUACCAGCUAGUCAAACAUCAUCCCCAUGGAUUUCUCUAUAGACCUUUAUUUUUAAUGUGGACAAAGUCAUCGGAGCAUCUAGAUUCUGGAUCAGAGCUUCAGUAGAGGUGGGCAGCGGUCCGAGGAGAACUUGUGGGAAAUGCCGGGAGGAGACGGCUUUCUCGAUGGAGAAGAGGAGAACUCUUCUCCAGGCUCCAGCAAGCAUUCGGAACAGACAGACCAAGCUAACAGAGGACAGGACCCCGGGACCAGCGGAUCAGGGUCCGGAUCGGGUUCAGGUGAGGAGGAGGAAGCCGAGGAGCAGCGAGUAAGGAGCAGCAGAGGGGAGAGUUCAGCAGGCUGUGAGGAGAGCGGAGGAGAGCAUACGCACGAGGAUGUGGACAUGAACAGCGCUCACGACUCCAGCGUCGGAGGCUCACGACAUCAUCAUUCCUCGGCCAACUGCAGCCCUGGAAGCACCAAGAGCUCAAAAUCUGCCACUGGUUCCACGUCGUCCAGUUUUCACAGCGCUCAUCACACAGAGUGCAGUGAGCAGACGGAGCAUGGGCGUGAACAGACGCACCGAGAGAUGAUGCAGACGGUGCAGGAGAUGAAGAAACGGCUGCCGUCAGAGAAGAGAAGCCGCAGUAAAGCCAGUACUGUGGAGGCACUCAACUACGCACUGAACUGUGUCAAACAAGUACAAGCAAACAGCGAGUACUACAACUUACUAAUGAGCUCCGGACUGGAGGAGAGACGAGACACUACUGUGUGCACGCUGGAGGAUCUGGAGGGAAUCACAUCAGAACACACGCCGAAAAACACUGACACGUUUGUGGUGGUCUUCUCUCUGGCUUCUGGGAAGGUGGUUCACGUGUCUGAACAGGCCUCCAGCGUGCUUCACUGCAAGAGGAAGUUUCUGGAAUCUGCCAAGUUCGUGGAGCUGCUGUACCAUCAGGAUGUCAACGUGUUUUACUCACACACGGCGCAGCCACGACUGCCGCCCUGGAAUGUGGGCACAGACAGCGCGGCGGUUCUGUUUGAAUGCGCCCAGGUCAAGUCCUUCUUCUGUCGAAUCAGAGGAGGGAAAGAUAGAGAUGGAGAGAUGUGUUAUAGUCCUUUCCGGAUCACUCCAUACCUGCUGAAGGUUCGGGGACCGAGCGCAGAGGAAGAGCCAUGCUGUCUGGCCCUGGCCGAACGCAUCAUCUCAGGAUAUGAGGCCCCUCGCAUUCCCAUGGACAAGCGCAUAUUCAGCACGACUCAUUCACCAGGCUGUGUCUUUUUAGAAGUGGAUGACCGUGCGGUGCCUUUGCUCGGUUACCUCCCUCAGGACCUGAUCGGUACCUCAUUUCUGACCUGCCUGCAUCCAGACGACCGCCUGCUCAUGCUGUCCAUGCACCGCAGAAUUCUGAAGUACGCGGGCCAGCCUCCGUUUGAACACUCACCCGUCCGGUUCCAGUGUCAGAACGGGGACUACGUCACCCUGGACUCCAGCUGGUCCAGCUUCAUCAACCCCUGGAGCCGUAAAGUGGCCUUCAUCAUCGGAAGGCACAAAGUUCGCACUGGACCUCUGAAUGAGGAUGUUUUUUCUGCACUGAGUAAACCCGUGCAGCCAGUCAUGUGUGAGGACGUUAAAGAGCUGCAAGCCAUGAUCUACAAGCUCUUCUUACAGCCUGUACACAAUAAUGGAUCCAGUGGCUAUGGCAGUCUGGCUAGUAACGGCUCUCACGAGCAACACAUCAGCGUGGCCUCGUCCAGCGACAGUAAUGGAAACCUCUGGGAGGAUUCGCACAGGGAACGAAUGACAUUGCAGCGGUUUUGUGCUGAUGUCAGUAAAGUGAAGAACUGGGGCCAGCAGGCGUAUCUGGACUCCCGGAGGAAGCUCACACCUUUAGGACCAGCCACUGCAGUGGCGGCAGCAGGCGUUUAUCCUAAUGCCAGUCAGGGUUUGGGAAUUAGAGAUCAUCUAAAGCAGUCUCUUCUAGAAGCCCGGAAACAACCACACAUCCCAUCCUACCAGCAGAUCAACUGUGUGGACAGCAUCAUCAGAUAUCUGGAGAGCUGUGCGACGUCUGCUCUGAAGCGAAAGAGCGAAUCUCUGUCCAUAACUACGUCAUCUUCAUCCUCCAUGUCUGAGGAAGACAAACCUACAGCGGCCGCACAUGAAGACGAGGGCGCUGGUGCUCUGGACAGCCAGGUGUCUGCGGGUUCGGUUACGACGGCAGCGGUGGUGGGAGCGCCGCUCACAGACAUUACAAUAUCCACAGAAGCCAUGAGCGUGGUGUCCGUCACCAGUCAGUGCAGUUACAGCAGCACCAUAGUGCACGUCCCACAGCCCGAGUCGGAGGUCACUGCUUUAGAAGAUGCUCCAAUGGGGAGUGAACCAACAGACUCCGCCCCCACUCCUGCACGCCCCGCCCCCAGCACCUCCUCAGCGGCUCAGGAGGAGUUACUCGUGUUGGGUCUUACUAAAGAGGUGCUGUCGGCCCACACCCAGAAGGAGGAGCAGCAGUUCGUAGAUCGUUUCCAACAUCGUAUCCUGCAGAGUCCUUACAGCUCCUACCUCCAGCAGGACAACAGCAGCAAGGCCCAUUCUCAUCACAGAGCUGAUGUUGUGCGUCCGCCAAACAAGCACAAGCGGCCCAAACCAGAAAACUCGUCUGACAGCUACGGCUCCCAGCCGGGCAACUACUGGUCACUUCCCAGACCCACAGGAGCGCCUCAUUCCUCCUGGCCGUCCUCAGAGUCGUCUCAGCCCCAGCCAUCCAACAUCGGCUUUGUGCCGCCCAUUGCAGUGCCAAUGCAGUCGGCCCCUUACUUCACUGUGCUCGGUGCAGGUCAGCAGCCCAUGGUGGUCCAGCCUGACCAAGGUGUCCAGAACCUCCAACCCAUGCAUCCCAUGAUGGUCGUCCUGCUUCCUAGUUACCCCAUGUACCCCGGCAACAAUGGCAUGUAUCUUCAGGGGAUGCCUGUCCUGGCACCUGGAGUCGUUCCCCAGCCUCCCUUUAAUAUGUGUGGCUACAUCCCGCCUGGUGGCCACAUGCCACAUGGGUCUCCAUCUCAGGAGCAUCCUCCAGGGUCCAGCGUCACAGGAGCUGGGAUGCCCCCGGGGGCCUCAGCGGAGGUCGACUCGAUACCUGCCCCUUGGUUUGGGGAAGACCUUGAUGCAGCACAACCUACAGCACUCUUCUCCAGCUCUCGCUCCAGCUCGCCCAUCCAGCUGAACUUACUCCAGGAGGAGCUGACCAAACCCACCGAAGCCCAGAACAGCACCGGUCCAGAGAGUCUGCAUGAGCACCACGCCAGAGCGGAGGACGCUCCCAGCGAGUCGGGGAACCAGGAUGCCCAUUCUACCUCCAGCGAAAUGCUUGACCAGUUGCUACAGGAGGACGCCCGCUCAGGAACCGGCUCCAACGCCUCAGGCAGUGGCUCCGGGGAGUCGGGAGGCUCUCUGGGCUCCGGCUCGGGACUCUGCUCUAACACCGAAAUGGUAUUUCAUCCUUGUGUCAGUCAGUAA